AUGCCACCACGAAAGAACUCCGAUCAUAACACUGAUGACACGGAGGCGAUGACAGCUGCUGAUCUUCAGAAGCUGGAAUCCUCACUCAGAUCUCUUCUGGAUGAGCAAUGUAAGACCCUGAACGAAACUAAUAGCACUAAUAAUCUGAAUAUCAGUCAAAAUACCAAAUCUAUUUAUGAAUUGCAUGAUUUGAUGGUGGGUUUGUCUGUACAAGUUACUAAAUUAAUUUAUGAUGUUAACUCACCCAUUAAAACUCCUGUGAAAACCCUUGACACUUCUGAACCAGGACAGAAAAAUUACUCUCAAUAUUCUUCUAGACUCACAAAAAUUAAUUUCCCUAAAUUUGAUGGUGAUGAUCUUAAGUCAUGGUUAUAUAAGUGCAAUCAGUUUUUUGAUCUUGAUGGUAUAUCUGAUGAAAAUAAGAUUUCUCUUGCUGUUAUACACUUAGAAGGCAGAGCCCUGUUAUGGCAUCAAAAUUUUAUGAAAAAUACACCACAAUGUAGCUGGACUGAGUAUGUGGCUGGUAUAACUGCUAGAUUUGGGGAAAUCUAUGAUGAUCCUAUAGCUGGUCUAAAAGCUCUUAAGCAAACUGGGACUAUUCAAGAGUACCAUGAUGCUUUUGAUGCUUUAGCUAGCAGAUUGAAUCUCUCUCAAGAAUACUUAAUCAGUUGCUAUAUUGGUGGAUUGGAGGAAGAGAUUCAGCUGGCUGUGAGAAUGUUCUCUCCAACCACAAUACAACAAUCUCAUUGUCUAGCUAAGCUACAGGAAGCAGCCCAUAAAGCUAGAAAACCAAGACCUCAAACCAAACCUCUUUUACCUACUCCCCCUAGACCCUUCCUAUCCACCCAAGGAUCCCCUUCCACUUGGAGAGGGACCAAUUCCACUUAUAAUAAACCAAACACGAACCAGCUAAACACAAAACCAAACACAACCAGACAAACCUUAACAGCUGCGGAAAUGAAUGAGAAAAGAGCCAAGGGCCUUUGUUUUUGGUGUAAUGAGAAAUAUGAAUUUGGCCAUCAAUGUAAGGGAAAGAAACCCCAAUUCUAUCACAUAGAAGUAGGGGAUGAUUCUGAUGAGGAGGGGGAGCACAAUGAGAAUGAGAAUGAGAUGGAUGCUGAGGCUGAAUGUGCUCAAAUCUCUUUACAGGCUCUAGAUGGCAACACCACUUUUCAUACCAUGAGAAUGAUGGGGCAGUUUGGAAGGAAAUCUCUUCAUAUUCUCUUGGAUAGUGGCAGCACUCAUAAUUUCAUAGACACCUCUACUGCUCUCAAAUCACAGUGUAAGGUGGAGAACAUGCCACCUAGAUGGGUGAAAGUAGCUGAUGGGGGCAGGAUUAAGUGUGAUGCCAUGAUUAAAGGGUUUACAUGGAAAAUGCAGGGUUACACUUUCACUGCAGAUUUGUUACUGCUACCCUUGAGUGGUAGCAACAUGGUAUUGGGAAUCCAAUGGUUUUCUACCUUGGGUCCAAUAUUAUGGGAUUUUAAGAAUCUCACAAUGGAAUUUAAGCUGAAUCAAAAGAAGGUGAAGCUUAGGGGUGCAACAAACAAGAAAUUGAAGGGCAUACAGGCUGACCAACUCUCUAAGUUGCUGCAAAGGGAGAGUGAGCUGUCCAUGAUGCAGUUAGUAACUGAAGAUUCAGAUCUCAUAUUACAUUCUGAGAUUGAGGAAGGGGCAUACAGUCAGCCAGAGCAAGAUGCUUUGCAGUCUCUUUUGGGUAGAUUCCCAGAAGUAUUUGUUGCACCUGCUGGGUUACCACCUAGUAGGGAAAGAUUCGACCACCAGAUACCACUCAGGGAGGGAACUGAUGCUAUUAAUAUCAGACCCUAUAGGUAUCCAGCAACUCAGAAAUUAGAUUACAAUGUGUUUUAUGCUUUAUUUAUUUAUGAUAUAUUAUGUGUGGACUAA